AUGACUGCAGGCAGGGUCAACCCUUACAGCAUAGUGUCCUCCGAGGAAGACGGACUGAGGUUGACCACCAUGCCAGGGAUUAACGGCUUUGGCAAUGGGAAAAUCCACACCAGGAGGAAAUGCAGGAACAGGUUUGUAAAGAAGAACGGUCAGUGCAAUGUGGAGUUCACGAACAUGGAUGACAAGCCACAGAGGUACAUUGCAGACAUGUUCACCACGUGUGUUGACAUCCGUUGGAGGUAUAUGCUCUUGCUCUUCUCCCUGGCAUUUCUGGUAUCCUGGUUAUUGUUUGGGCUGAUUUUCUGGCUAAUUGCACUCAUUCAUGGAGAUCUAGAAAACCCAGGUGGAGAUGAUACCUUCAAGCCUUGCGUUCUGCAGGUCAAUGGCUUUGUGGCUGCUUUUCUGUUCUCCAUCGAGACCCAAACGACUAUUGGUUAUGGCUUCCGCUGUGUGACAGAGGAGUGCCCGCUCGCGGUCUUCAUGGUGGUGGUUCAGUCCAUCGUGGGGUGUAUAAUCGACUCUUUCAUGAUUGGUGCAAUAAUGGCAAAGAUGGCCAGGCCCAAAAAAAGGGCCCAGACGUUACUUUUCAGCCAUAAUGCAGUAGUGGCAAUGAGAGAUGGGAAACUCUGCCUGAUGUGGAGAGUCGGGAAUCUCCGGAAAAGCCACAUAGUAGAAGCCCAUGUACGAGCUCAAUUAAUUAAGCCCAGAAUCACAGAAGAAGGGGAGUACAUCCCACUCGACCAAAUAGACAUCGACGUGGGUUUUGAUAAAGGCUUGGACCGUAUCUUCUUGGUGUCCCCCAUUACCAUUCUCCAUGAGAUCAACGAAGACAGCCCGCUGUUCGGGAUCAGCCGCCAGGACUUGGAGACGGACGACUUUGAGAUUGUGGUCAUCCUCGAAGGCAUGGUAGAAGCCACUGCGAUGACGACACAAGCUCGGAGCUCCUACCUGGCCAGCGAGAUCCUGUGGGGCCACCGCUUCGAGCCUGUCUUGUUUGAGGAGAAAAACCAAUACAAAGUAGACUAUUCCCACUUCCACAAAACAUACGAGGUCCCGUCCACGCCCCGCUGCAGCGCCAAGGACUUGGUGGAGAACAAAUUCCUGCUGCCCAGCACCAACUCCUUCUGCUACGAGAACGAGCUGGCCUUCAUGAGCCGCGAUGAGGAUGAGGAGGAUGAUGACAGCAGGGGUUUGGACGACCUGAGCCCAGACAACAGGCAUGAGUUCGACCGGCUUCAAGCAACGAUAGCGUUGGAUCAGAGGUCAUACCGGAGGGAGUCAGAAAUAUGA